UUUGCAAUCCGUGGCACCCGGUUUCUGUUUCAUUUAAUGCAUUUUGCUGGCGUUUGGCAGUAGUACGUACGAAGUUUAUUACAGCUCAACAUGGCUGAUGAUGAGCAGGCGCCUACGGUGACAGUAGAGGAACCUCUGGACCUGAUCAAGCUCAGCCUGGAUGAACGCAUCAAGGUGAAAAUGCGUAACGAACGGGAGCUGAAGGGCCGCCUACAUGCGUACGAUCAGCACCUGAACAUGAUCCUGGGCGACGUGGAGGAGACGGUGACUACUGUCGACAUUGACGAGGAGACGUACGAGGAGGUGCACAAGACCACCAAGCGCACCAUCCCCAUGCUGUUCGUUCGCGGCGACGGCGUGGUCCUGGUGUCGCCGCCCAUGCGGGCCGGCAUGUAGGCUGCCAGCCGGGCCCGCCGUUCGACCUGGCCUGGCGCUGCUGGCCGGGCCUGCCGCUCGGCCGGGACUACCGCUCAGCCGGGUGACCGCGGCCGGCCGGCGGAUCUGCUGUGCUCUGGUCCUUUGGCCAGCUGGUCGGCUUCCUGCAUCACGCGGUCUCGCGGUCUCAUUCUCGAGGUGACCUCAUCCAUUUUUGCAUCGCGUCAUGGCUUUGUACCGGCUUUUGUUCUGCGUUUGAGUGUCGGAAGAUGACGAGUAGAGUGCAGAAAUAUACAUACUGUGUCAGACGGCG